AUGGACCCCAUCAUUGCCCAAAUCCAAGCCAUUGCCCAAAAUAGCGAUGAAGCCGGUCGGUUGAACAUCAUCCAGUCUCUCAGACGAGUGAGGAUUGAACUUCAAUCUCCAAAAGAUACAUUUAUGGAGCUUGCAGUACCGGGGUUAACGAAUGCAAUGCUCCGAAUUAGUGCAGAUCUGGGAAUUCUUCGCACUCUUGCGAGAACCGGUGUAUCCUUGACUGUCGCACAGCUUGAAGAGCUGACUGGAGCAUCUCCUUCAUUGCUAGAAAGAAUUCUUCGUUACCUAGCGGCAACAGACAUGAUUAAAGAGACGGGAGUCAAUGAGUACACUGCAAAUAGCAUCACUUAUGCUUUGGCUGGCUCCGAGGGUGAUGCCAUGAUAUACUAUGGAUUUGACACGAUCGGACCUGUUGUGCAAGCGAUGCCAGCCUUCUUUGUUGCAAACAACUACCAAGAUGUCACCGUCAAUACCAACACUCCGUUUCAGAAAGCUCAUAACACUGAACUCACCUCAUUCGAGUGGCUUGUCCAGCAACCCAAGCAUUUUGAGAACAUGCAAAGAAUCAUGACUGCACUUCAAGGAUCAGAAUGGACUGAGGGAUUCGAUAUCUUUAACGACGAAGCGCGUAAUAUUCCAUUCAAGCCUUCAUCCACUGCGCCGAAGCCUUCAGAGAAACCCUUCUUCGUCGAUGUUGGUGGCGGCCAUGGCCACCAAUGUAUCGAGCUUGGAAAGAAGCACCCCAAUCUCCUAGGUCACCUUGUUCUCCAGGACUUGCCAGAGGCAGUGGAACAUCUCCCCCCCAUUAAUGGUGUGAGGGCAGAGGCUUAUGACUUUUUCCAACCCCAGCCUAUCAUUGGCGCCAAAUUCUACUACCUCCGAAGAAUCAUCCACGAUUGGCCUGACGACAGAGCCGCAAAGAUCCUCGGCAAUGUUCGCGCCGCCAUGAGCCCCGACUCGCGGGUCUUGAUCGAUGAUGCUGUGCUGCCGGAUACUGGCGCUAACUGGCAAUCUGCGGUGGCUGAUCUGGCCAUGAUGACAUUUGGUGGCAAAGAGCGGACAAAGCAUCAGUGGGAGUCACUUGCAGAAAGUGCGGGCUUGCGUGUGGAACAGAUUCAUACUUAUGUUGCUUCAACUUAUACCGCUGUUCUAGUUUUGGCCACCAAGUGA